UGACCAGUGUACCGGAAGCGCUCACCUGUCCUCCUCACCUGUUCCCCCACCUGCCUCGCCUUCCUCAGGUUACAGUAUGUCUAGAAUCACUGCUGCUGAGUACAUACGUAUGAGACGGAAGGGGCAGCCGGUUCCAAUAGACAAGGCACCAAGGAAAGCAGCCGAAGAGAUGUAUAAGAAGAAAGUGGAAGAGGAAAAGGCAGAGGCAGAGAGAAGGGCGAAGGAGGAACGACUGCGACAGGAGCAAGAGGCGAAGGAGAAGAGAGACCGAGAGGAGAAGGAGAGGUUGAAACGCCUUGAGGAGGAAAAACAGAGGAAGGAACGAGAGGAACGGGAGAGAAAGGAGAGAGAGGAGAGAGAAAGAAAAGAAAGGGAACAGAAGGAACGGGAAGAACGGGAGAGGAAAGAACUGGAGGAAAAGAAAAGAAAGGAAGAGGAGGAGAGGAAGGCAAGAGAGGCAAAAGAAGAAAGGGAGAGACAAGAACGUGAAGCGAAGGAGAAAAGAGACAGAGAAGAAAGAGAGCGAAAGGAGAAGGAGGAAAAGAAACGCAAAGAAGAGGAAGAAAGAAAAGCAAGAGAAGCGAGAGAAGAAAAGGAGAGACAAGAACGAGAAGCAAAAGAAAAGAAAGAAAGGGAAGAGAGAGAACGGAAAGAGAAAGAAAAGAAAGAAAGAGAAGAGAGAGAACGAAAAGAAAGAGAAGAAAGAGAACGGAAGGAGAAAGAAGAAAGAGAAAAGAAAGAGAGAGAAGAAAGAGAACGAAAAGAAAGAGAAGAGAGAGAACGGAAAGAGAAAGAAGAAAGGGAGCGGAAAGAGAGAGAAGAAAAAGAACGGAAAGAGAAAGAGGAAAGAGAGCGCAAGGAGAAAGAAGAAGCAAGGAGACGAAAAGAAGAGGAACUAGAGAGAAAACGGAAGGAAAAGGAAGAGAGAGAUCGCGCCAAGAAAGAAAAGAAAAUGAAGGAGAAACAAGAAAAGAACCUCAAGAAAAAGCAAAUGAAGGAAAAGAGGGCGAAGGAACUAAAAGAGAAAAGAGAGAGGGAGGAGGAACUGGAGAGAAAGCGAGAGGAGGAGGAGAAGAAGGAGAAGGAGGAGUUGAGAAGGAAAUCGGAGGAGACGAAGGAGAAGAUCAAGAAGAAGAAGGAGAAACUCAAGAAGGAUUUAAGUGACCCGCAAAAACUUAAGGAUGAAAAACUUGAGAAUUUCUUAGGGUGGCUACAGAAUGGAAAGAAAGAUGACAUGGGCAAGUCCGUGGAACUUUUAGUGAGUGACGACGAUGACUGAAGGGAGGGACAGAGGAGGAACUUGGAGAGACUGGAUGAGUCUCAGUGUGGCGCGACAGAUGGCAGGAAUGAGUGUAUAUUGUUAGAGGUAUUUGUCUUGUGAAAUUCUGAAGACAUGAUGGUAAUGAUGAUUUGGAUGACUUUUUCUCAACUUUGGUGUACGAAAACAAAUAUUGCGAGUCACAUUAAGCAAGUUUUCGUAUGUGUUUUUUUUUUUUUUUUUCCUGUCUCGUCCCCAUCUAUUUCAACUUUUACUAGUAUGCUAUCAUUUGUGUGAAGGAAGUAGCAUACAAACAUACAAAUACAAAAUUCUAACAGGUGUUCAAUAAUCAGACGUACGAAAACUUGACUUGUGUACUAUGAGAAUAUUUCCAUGGUAAUACGUCAUCGAAGGAAGUGGUGUCAUGCUGUGCUUAAUAGAUACAAACACUCAGCACCAGACACCACCUCCACCAACACCACAGCUCCUAUCAGUCUCCCCAGGGUCACUCAUGUAAGGCAGUUCGCGAGACCAUAUGCUGAUUUCCAUUCGAUUCAUAGUAAAAUUUCACUGUACUUUAACACGUCACUUCUUUCUACCACGUGUCCAUUCCAGAGGCUGUGUGGGUCUUGAGCCGGAGUGGAAAUAAAAGUUAGUGCUGGAAGAAGCUAACAUGUCCAGAAACACAUUAAUGUACUACCUGUGAUACAAAGGAUAUAAAUAAAAUGUGCAUUUAUUCAUACUGUGUAUGUAAUUAAUUAAUGCAAUAUAUUGUUGAGUGUA